CCCAAAAUUUUCCAAAUCUAUCAUCCCUCUCAUAUUUCUCCCCUUUUCAAAAUCGAAAGUUGCGUUUCUUUACCCUAAAAUUUUCCAAACCCUCACAUUUUCUCUACUUUCCCUAAACUCUUCGCGCAAUCGUUUUUCCUCUAGAACUCAGUUCAUGCUCAAGUCAUCAUCAUUUUCAAGUCUCGUUAGGUCGUUCAUUGUGCGUCGAUCGUCAGUUCAGCGUAUUCGGUUGUGCUCGCUGUUACGGUUGUCGUUGCGCUCACCUUUGCGUCGUCAGUUGCAGUCGCCAUGGAGUCUUCAGUUGCGAUCGCCGUCAUCGCUCAUCAUCGCUAGGGUUCAUCGUCAUUAAACCUAGGUUUCUUCUUUCAGGUUAGUCUGGCUGCCUAUAUUGAACUUUUGUGCACUUUACUCAGUUGUGGAGUUCAGGCUAAUGCAAAAGCUCUUCUGGUUUCGGGCGCUAGUAAUGGAUUGCUCAUAAUUUGGAGUGCUAACCACGGACAGGAUUCACGUGAACUUGUACCCAAGCUGAGUUUAAAAACACUUCACCAGAACCUCCUGUAAAAAAGAAGGUCUCAAGUUCAUCCCUUAAUAAAGCAACUGGAGUUGAAACGGAACCUAGCUGAACCCCGCCUUCACUCCCUCGAGACUCAUCGCGACUGGGGAUAAAGCUUCCACGGCGACGCUGAUCUCAAAACCCUAACCUUUUUUCUUAAUCAUCGUAGUUGCUGGGAAGUGGCCCUGUGAAGCACUGAUAAAGUGUCUUUAGAGGAUGGAAAGCAAUGAAGACCAAUCACUUGCUGAAUUGGAGGAAGAAAUUUUUAAAAAAUUCAGAGCUUUCAUGACAGGGAUUGCAAAGAUUGAUGAGUUGGGAAUUGCUGGAAGCAGGCUGCUGUCUGGAUUUCAACAAGCGAUUGAGUUUAUCAGGAGACCUCCUAUUGAUAUGAAUUCCAAAUUAGUGGACAAGAUAAUUGUAGCUAAUGAAACUAAGAGAGUUAAAGCCUAUAUAAAUUCUGGAUGUAGGAAGCUCAACGAAAGCAUCCAGAGUCUAACAAACUAUGAAAAUACUUGGACUCCCCGUUCCUUAACUUCCUUAGGAUUACCAUUAGCUGAAAAUGGGUAUUUAGAGUCAAAGAAAACACUGAUGACUUUGCAGAAAAAUACAAGGCCUGUGGAAAUCAAAGUGGACGAUUGGGUGUAUUUAAAAAUAAGGUCGCACCGACAAAUAUCCAUGUCGGUGAGACUACACUCAAAGUUGGCAGCAAGGUACUAUGGCCCAUUUAAAGUAAUUCAAAAGAUAGGGGAGGUGGCGUUUAAACUGCAAUUACCAGAGAAUGCUAGAAUUCAUCCGGUGUUCCACGCGUCACAACUGAAGCUGGCGAUAGGAACGCAACAAGUGGAGAAAGAAUUACCAACUGACUUGCAAGCAAAUGGACCCACAUGUUGGCCGAGCAGGGUGAUCAAUAGCAGGGUUCAGCUACAUGAAGGGAACCCUCGAGAGCAAGUGCUAAUCGAGUGGCAGGGAGGAGGAAUGGAGAACGCAAAAGUUUCCCGACUUUCUAAGGAAAUACUUAAUGAACUUGAAGGUCUACUGGGGGAUGUAACAAGUGCUAUUCAGACUACAGAUGGAAAAUUAUUAGCCUUCUCUGGUCUGGAUUUUGAUGUUGAAUUAAUUGAGCAAUAUAGCAUGGUCAAGCAAGACUAUUUAAUGCAGGAAAAGAUUGUGUCUGCUUUAGAUCUCAAGAUGUCAUUAGAAGAAUUAGAAAGCUACUGCCAAAUGUGGUCUUUGCGCCCCUUCAUAAAUGACGAGAUCGUGCAUGGAGCUUGGGAACAUAUUCAUUGAACAUUCUUUUGUUUUUCAUUAUAAUACAAAAAUUAGUUAUCGUUGGGCUGGAUAAAAUUAUAUAAUGCUAUACAAAUAUCAUUACUUUUCUA